AGCUCAGAGUCCGAAGUGCAGCGCGGCGAGGGGAGGGAAUCCCUCCAGUGUCUGACGCGUCCCUUUACCAAGGAAACCCACACGCGCGCUCUGACGCAACUGCCCAUUUUAGGAAACAUGCGUCAAUGGACCGAGGCAAGUCAGACCAAACGGUGAACUCCACAGCCGGCGCUGACGUUCGUAUCGCAAAAUAAACGUGUCCACAUGUAUCUGGGCUGCUUGGACUGUGUCCCCUCGUGCCCGUUGUGUCUCCAGUGUCCGCUGGGCGACGGCUGGUCACCUCGGAUCUGAGCUCUGCGCCGCCUGAUCCAGAGCGCAACCCCUCCCUGGGAGAAGUUGCAACGCCCAGGCUGUGACGUGGGCCGAUUCGUUGGUGUUGAAAAGCCGUUGCAGUUUCUUCAUAGUGCCAUUGAAGUGAGUCAUCUCUAGGAAGUGUGGUUACGAAGAAGAAGAAGAAGAAGAAGAAGAAGAAGAAGAAGAAGAAGAAGAAGAAGAAGAAGAAGAAGAAGAAAAAAAAAAAAAAAGGAAAAGAGAGAGAGGAAGAAAAAAAAAAUUAAAAAAAAGUUCGAAGUGUUCCGUGAACAGCGGAGAGCUCGGAGUGUCCAGGCGAGGCUGCGGGAGAUAGUCCGAAGACUAGCCGGGCUGGAGCGACGUUAACCUGCGUGAAUCGCUCUGUAACUGCGGCUGCGCUCGUCUCCACUGGAUCCGCCUGCGGAAGGUGUGCGACUGACUUCAGGCUGGAGUUUGCGCACCUGAGAACCGACCAUAGCGGAGGUCUACCUGCGGCUCAACAAGACACGCACGAGUAGAAAUCUCCCUCACGAGCAGGAAGAACGUAUUCAUGCGAACUGGCAGUGUCUGUGAGGUGCUUUAGGUUAGUUUACGGGAGCGGCAUUGCACUUUGUCUUUGCCAACUCUUCUCUGGAUAUCCUGAACUACCAGAGUCUCAAGACAGAGGAUUUUUUUUUUUCCUUUUCUCUUGGUGCCUUUUGAACUGCGAGGAUUUUAAGAAAGGAAAAAGAGGGGGCGGACACUUUAGAUCUUAAACAGUCUCCUCUUUCCUGGACCAUGUACCAGGACUACUCCGGGAACUACGACACCUCGUCCCGCGGCAGCAGCACCUCUCCGGCCCAGCCAGAGUCCUUCACGAGCGGCAGCAGCACGAUCGGAAGUCCGGUCUCUACCUCAAGCUACCAGAAGUACCGGGUCGACAUGCCCGGCUCCAACAGUGCCUUCAUACCCACCAUCAAUGCAAUCACGACCAGCCAAGACCUGCAGUGGAUGGUGCAGCCCACCGUCAUCACCUCCAUGUCCAACCCGUACUCCCGCUCCCACCCGUACGGCCACCACCUGCCAAACGGGCCGGGGCUGCUGGGGCACAACACGCUGGCUCGGCCCGGGGUCAUCCGCUCCAUCGGGGACGCCAGGGGCCGACGCAAGAGGGACGAACAGCUCACCCCGGAGGAAGAGGAGAAGCGGAGGGUGAGGCGCGAGAGGAAUAAGUUGGCGGCCGCCAAAUGCCGCAACCGCAGGCGAGAGCUCACGGAGAUGCUGCAAGGGGAAACUGAAAAGCUGGAGGAGGAGAAAUCCGACCUGCAGAAAGAGAUCGAGAACCUGCAGAAGGAGAAAGACAAGCUGGAGUUCAUGCUGGUUGCCCACAAUCCCGUGUGCAAGCUCCCCAUCGACGAGCGCCACCAGCAGCACCAGCAGCACCAGCAGCACCAGCACCACCACCACCACCACCAGCAGCAGCAGCAGCAGCAGCAGCAGCAGCAGCAGCAGUGCGCCCCGCUCCCCCUGACCAUGCGCCCCAACAUGGGCAGCCGGCCUCAGAUGAACCACGUUGUCGUGAAGCAAGAGCCGGACGAAAGAAACGACGUGGGCAAGCCCCAGCGCUCCGUCAUCAAGCCCAUCUGCCUGGGCGGCGGCGGCGGGAUGUACUGCACGGAUGGGGACAGCCUGAACACGCCGGUGGUGGCGGCGUCCACCCCGGCCGCCACGCCCAGCGCCCCGAGCCUCAUAUUUACCUACCCGAGCAUGCUGGAGCCCGAGAGCCCCUCGCCCUCCUCCGAGUCCUGCUCCAAGGCCCACCGGCGCAGCAGCAGCAGCGGGGACCAGUCCUCAGACUCCCUCAACUCGCCCACCCUCCUGGCGCUCUGAGCGAGGGCCGCACUCGGCUGAGGAACAAACACUGUGGCGUGAGGAUCAACCGCGCCUCCCCUCCCCUUUUUAAAGACCCAAGAGCACAUUCAAAAGUACAGAGCAAGCUGACCACCCGCCCCCCAACCCCCAACCCCAACCCCCACCCCCCCACACACACACCCCCACACCCCUGCAGGGAGACCCACAAGGGCUAGGCCGCGUGUUUCUUCUUGUUCUGCUUCAGUGUACUUUUUAAAAAAUCUGCAAAGAGGGCCAUUUCAACUCCAGAGUGUCAACUUGUUUACUGGGAAGACAAUUCUGAAGAGAGACACGCCGCAAUCUGGCAACGCCGCGACCGCAACUAGAGAGCGCGUUAAUAUAUAUAAUUUUUUUUUGCCAAUGUUUCAAAAGCCAUGUGGCCGACACUUGCACUCCGCCAAGACGAAUCAAUAAAUCACUAAACGAGGUCAGCGUUCUGCUGGGAUGUUCUGAGGAGGAGAAGGGGACGAGACUUCCUCUCGUCUCCUCUUCCACUGAGAGCUCUCAACACAGACCUUGAUUCAGGAAUCGCUACUAGCAGUGUGGACACAUUUCUGACGCUAUUUCCAUCUCUUUAAUCGUGUUUAUGGCCUGUGCCGAGUACAUUUUACAAAGUGUUCUGUCGAGACAUCGUCCUCUCCUUAAUCCGCCUGUAGAAAAGCAAAAAGGUCGUCGGCAUGGCGACCGAGCCCCUCAGUGUUGCAAAGGAUUACGAGCCAACUUUCAAUCAAGGACUAGUUCCUACUCUAUACCUUCUAUUUUUGCCAUAGCGGCUUGACUUUACAGUAGUGUUGGUGUGCUUUUCCUCAGUGAUUCUGUACAUGAACUUUUACAACCUGUUUAUGACAAAGUGUAUGUGAUUUACAUUGAUGUCAGGGAUAUCUCUCAUGUGUAGUAGAACCCCAUCGUGAAGAGCACCGUCUAGUUUUUCAGAGGUGGCGAGACACUGCACGCCGAGGGACGACACAACGUCGUCGCCUCGUUGUGUCACGUCGGGGUGGGGUGGGGGUGGGGGGGGGGGGGGGGGGGGUUGACUUUUUCCGCUCAGACGAUACAAAGGUUUGAACAAAGCCCUCCUCCUCCGGAUCCUGACCUUCUUUUCUGUGUCUCGCACAUUCUCCAGAUAAAAGGUCUGCAGGUCGGGUUUCAAAAAGCCCCCAAAAAAAGGUUUGUUUGACACGUGUAAUCCUGUAAUUUGUCCGUCUGUGUCUGAAAAGGAGGGGGUUUUACUCCAAUUUGGACCCAAAAAAAAGAAGAGAAAAAAAAGCCGCUGUGGUCUAGACCGUCUCCAGCUGCCAAUGAUGUCAACCCUGUUUAUACUGUGUUUGAGUGAAGCAGACAGUCAAUGAUGUUUAAAUCCAAGCCAGACGAGCUGAUUUCUUUUACGGGUGUGUGAGCGUAACACGGAGGUACUCUGUAGAAACGUCGUGGAGGCUUUACACAAGGGGCCAGACGCAGUUCACCUUCUGACAACAAGAAAGGGACUCUUUAUUUUUUAUUUUUUUAAACAGCUGGCCUGAGAUGAAAGAGGGGACACCUCGAGAAGAUGUAAUAUCUCUGAAGUUCUAAGAAGCACUUCUUUUUUUCGUCGUUUUUACAUGUGUGUGUGUAUCUUUAAAGGGAUGAGGGUUUUCAAUACUGUGCACUGAGAGGGACACAACAGCGAUGUUUGGGACUUUAUUUUGUUCACUUCAAACAUUCCUAACAUCAGGGGUUUUGGAAGGGGGGGGGGGGGGUUGUCGUUGCUCCAAACCCUUUUCUGUUAAUAGAGGAGAACACGUUGUGGUUGGAAGACGUUUGGUUGUGCCGGAUGCAGAAAAAACGGACUUUGCAACAAGCUGCUGCUACUUUGGAAAGAACGCGCCGGCUGUUUCUCUUCUGAGGAUGUUGUGUUUAACGUCACCGGCUGUGAUAUUGUGUGGAUGCAACCGGGGAGGGGGGGGAGGGGGUGGGGGGGAUCUCUGAUCCUGUAUGACAACAUAAAGAGUAACCAAAAACAUUACUGUGGGCGAGUCUGAGAUGUCUGUACGUUGAAAUAUUCUGCAGCCCCUCGACACACAUAGGAAAGCCAUUGACUGUAGAUCUUCUGCUGUACAUGUCAUCUACUGUCUGUCGCCUGUUUUCAACUACUAUUACUUAUUUUCCAAAUGCUUUAACUGUUCAAAAUGAUUCAAAAUUAAUAAAAAAAGAGCAAUAUGUAUAGCAGUGUUUGUUAAUUUAAAUGAAUAAUAAUAAAAACAAAAAAAUGUUA